AGUAAUCUUAUUUUCGACAUUCACUACUGUUUAUAAAAACAUAAAUGUGCAAAAUAUUAUUUUUUUGGUACGUGACAUGUAUAUUAAGUGUGGAGCCUGCAACAUUAGAUGGAAAAGUUCAGCAGUAUUUUUCAAGCGAUGUAUUUAAGGCUUUACAAAAACAAUGGCAGGGAAAUAGGAAAUCCUUCGAAAACGCAAUCGUAUUGGCGUUAAAGGAUAACUAUGGGUAUAGAGGGAUGAACGUAUACGUGAGGCGAGCGGCGGACUCGUUUCGAAUGGCUAAAGGUUUAUUUUUAACUGACAAUGUCGUUGAUGUGCUUUUAUUUGAUGUGUCCCUCACGAGCAUACCUCAUCUCAACAUGCCGGAGGUUACAUUCGCGCUCGCGUCCAAUGUCUUGAAGGUGGAGGCUGGUCUUAGCCAGAUGAUAGUGCAGUCUUCAUACAUGCUGUUCAGAAAUCAAUCUGAUAUUUUGAGUACCGUGCCUCAAAAUCCAUAUGAAAAAUCACCAUUCGCUUACGAGCAAGUUGAUAAUACUGGAAUGUUAGCAAUCGUUGCAGAUGAUUGUAAAUUGGUUGGCUUUGCAUUGGCAAAAAUGAGUGGCCAGUCGAUUAACUUAGGGCAUGACACCUUUCAAGUGAAGGACUGCACAUUUAGCGUCGAGAUAUCUUCGAAAUCUCAAGGAAUAAAAAAACCAGUUAUAGCGCCAUAUUUUUCUAAAAAGCAAGGUAAAGAGCUUGAGUUUAUGUUGACGAAGCCGAUACGUGGAGAGCUGAUGCCGAAACUGCAAGCGGCCGUGUUUACUUAUGUCAAUACAUCGCUCAUAUUUGGUGAUCACUUAGCCAAAUUUCGUGAAUAUCAAAAUGGCAUAUUUAAGGAGACAACAAAAAAUACGACGAGAUUUGUACGAAACAUCAAUAAUGUGACUUUAGCAUAUCAGGAAGAAUCCAUUGAAAUGGAACCAUUAGAGGUCUCAUACAAUUAUAAGUGUCCCGAUGGAAUCUGCAAGCUAAGUAUCUCAGUGUAUAAUGUUACACUAAACGGCUUGGACACUCUGUAUUCAGCACAGUCUGGUGGUCCAUUCAAGUUUCAGACACCGAUGAUAGCAGAGGCCAUUAGAUUUAAUUCAAUAAUGGUUAACGGACACUUGUCAUUUGAUGAUCAUAAUUUCAAAGCGGAGCACGAAUUUUUCGCUGAAAUUAAAGAUGUCACAGUUAAUUUUCAAAUUGAUCUGACAAAGUAUGAGCCAACUUUUGAUUUUAUGAACUGGAGAACAUUGGAACACUCGGUGAUUGAGAUGGAAACUCAUGUACACGAUCGAAGAGCAGCGAACGCAUUCGUUAAUGGCUACUUAAUAAACAAAGUACCUAACGUUCUAGAAGGGCAUCUGCUGGAUAUGUACGUUAAGUUCAGAAAUUCGACCGACCAAAAGUUAUCCAAUGUUAAUGUGUAUUGUCACUAACAAUGGAUCAUUUUAAACCUAUUUUUAUCGUUAGUUGAAAAUUGUUAAAUAAUAUACCGUGAUUGUAAAGACUUCAAAUC